AUGUCCCGCGUGAGGAGUGUAUCACGCAGGCUGGAGGAAGACGCAUUCAUGGCAGACGAAUCAAGCUCCCAGUCGCCUGCCCUACCCAACCUCAAACGACGACACAACGAGCGGUGGCUGCCGCUGCAGUUCUUCGACUGGAGCCUGCGAGGAACGGCGCAGGUGAACUUCGUCAACAACCCUCUGAGCGGUGUCCUCAUCCUGACCGCGCUGCUGCUGCAGGAGCCCUGGUGGGCCCUCUGCGGGUACCUGGGCGUGCUCGCCGCCACCGUGGCCGCCCUUAUCCUCAAGAAGGACAAGGCGAACGUGGCUGUGGGCCUCUACGGCUUCAGCGGGCUCCUCGUGGGCAUCCUCAUGGCCGCGUUUUGCGAUCGAGGGCCCUGGUACUGGUGGCUCCUGGUCCCUGUCUCUAUCAUUGGCAUGAUCCUUGGCUCUGAGCACGUGCCGUGCGCGGUACUGGCGAGCCCGCUCGUGUCGCCCUUCGUGCCCCUGGGCUUGCCCGUCUUCACGCUGCCCUUCAACAUCGCCGUGACGCUCUUCAUGGUCUCCACGGGCCACUACAACGCGCAAACGCCGUCCGCCCACUACAACCCUCACCUGGACGCAGCUCAGCGUAACCCAUGUUGCUGCGAGCCGGUGCCCGUGGGUGUGGGCCAGGUGUCCGCGUGCGACAACCCAUGGGCUGGCGGCGUCAUCGCCGUCCCGCUGUUCAUCUCAUCGCUGAUCAACCGCUUGCACGCCGCCACGGGCUCCGUGGCGGGCAUCCCGGCAGGUGAGAAGCUUCAUUUCAUUUAUUUGUCGUCCGCCUCGCUACUCACCUGCCUACAGGCGUUCACCCACUCAGCCAACCAGUCACAUUCUCAGCUGCCCACGCCACCUUGCUGCAUCAGCCUGGGCUCGCCGUUCCAGAAGAUCUACGAUGGCCUGUGGAGCUACAACGCGGUGCUGGGCUGCACCGCCGUGGGGGGGAUGUUCUUCGCGUUCACGUGGCAGGCACACCUCGUUGCAGUCGCGUGGCACGGAGCGAGCAGUCGCAAACCAUUCUUUUGUGCUUAUCUUGGAGAGGCCCUCAUGAACAUGAUGUCAGCGGUCGGCCUGCCUGCCUUGACUUGGCCCUUCUGCCUGGGCACGCUCGUCUUCCUGCUGACGAGCAGCGGGCUGCACGGCGUCUACGAGCUGCCGCUGUCCGAGGUGGCGUACCCCGAAGCCAACCGGCGCUACUACCUCCAGCAGCAGCAGCAGACGGCCGACAGCACCGGCGGUGCCAGCAAGGAAAACAACGCCGCGAUUGUUUGAGCGGAACCAAAAGGGUGCCCAGAGGGCACCGAGCACGCCGCACGCUACAACAACAGGAAGGCUGCGCUGACCACCGCCGCUACCAUGCCUCCUUCUUGGCUCGUGCAGCUGCCGCUCCUCUUAAGGGAAGGCGGGGGGGGGGAGCAUGCGGCCAGCUCACCAGGUCUGCCGCCAGCGCGACAAGGGAGCACACAUUAAGGACGUGCAUUCAGCAAACCGAUGUUCGCACCCGAUGUCUGCUCACGUAUCAUUAUUAUCUGUUGGUGACCGCACGCCAGAUACAUUUUAUUCUCAACGAGCAAAAAAAAACUACAUUUGUUCCGGCGUGUUGCGGCAUUUCGCACGGCUCGUGGCGAGCGCGGAUUUUUUUCAAAGUUGACACCAAAAAAUGUGGAGGCCCCUUUUUUUUUGCGGUCGGCCGCAAGCGCAGUCCGCGACGGGGCCGGGCCGUGUCGUCGUUUGAAGUCGCGGGAUUUGGCGUCCAUGGAGGUUGUCCCGUGAGCUAAAUACUGCACGUGCGCGAGUCUCUACCUGCUGUCCCAGACGAUGAGGCAGGUGGAUGCAAUGUGGUGUUUCACCGAUCUGACACGAAUUACAUUUUUUUAAUGGUUUGUUGAAUUAUGGCUUGGCUUUAAAAAAUAUAUUAUUAUAUUUUAAUUGUGCCAUUUAUAUUUGAUGAAAACGUUUCCAUUUGCAACUCUUCAGCCAGAAGUGCAUCACCCUGUGUCAGAGAGUGGUUCUAGAAGAUCACAUAACUACUUCUUUCAACAGGAUAAAAAAUUAACUAAAAACGUAUUUAAUUAAAGAAAUCGCCAUCCAUUUAUAUUUUCAAAUGAAAAUGUGCGAUAGUGUUUUGGCCUCCUGGGUGCACGUUAACCAUCUCGCCACAGUGGCGAGAUAAUAACUACCUCGACUACUAUACAGAAGGUCGUGGGUUCGAUCCUGAUCCUGAC